AUGGCGGUCAUUGAUGAAAAUCAUCCAGAUGGCACUAUUACUCCUGAAAAAUGGGAUCAAAUUGAGCGAAAGCUCCUUGACUUGUACGUCGAAGUUCUUAAGGAAUUUCCAGGUACAAUUCCCAAAUGUCGCGACGGUGGAUGGUUUCAGGGCCAUGUGAAACUAGUCGCCUGCGUUGAUCAGCGUUCUGUUGAUCUUUUUCGCAUUGCCAUCUCCAGAAUGGGUGAGGUCUGGCCAGGCGCAAAGCUUAAAGUCGUUGCCAAGGAACAAAUUCCUGGCCGACCUAGGGCCCGUUCCUGGAUUCCAGUCGAACCAGCGGAUUCUGGAGCUAAUUCGGGUGGGAAACCCUGA